GCCAAAGCGAUUUGACCCGAGAACCUAAGAUAAUCCGCGCGUUCUUCACUGAUUUUCUUUCUCAAGCAACGCACCUACGCCACUUCAGUAUACGGAGCUCUCAAUCAUGGCGUCGAAGGCCUUCAGGAUUUUCAUUUUUGCACUCCUCCUCCUUGCGUUGCCUUUUCUCCAAGUUGUUAGAUGUCAAUCGGGUGCGAGUGUGGAAUCUGAAGAGGCCGUUAAAGAUAUCACUGACUUGGGGACUGUUGGGGAGGAUGAGCAAGAUUUUGGUGACGGGAGCUUUAGCCCGGCUCCAGGGGUUGAUACCGUGUGUGUUUUCCCCAAAAAUAGCGCACGUAUUGUGGUGGCAGGAGAAGAGGCCGAGCUAUUAGCAGGAGUGAAAAAUGAUGGGGACUCUAGCUUGAAUGUCAUUUCAAUUAAAGCCAGUGUUCAUUACACUUUUGAUCACCGAGUACUAAUUCAAAAUCUUACCGCACAGCCUUUUAAUAAUGCAUCAGUACCAGCAUCCUCACAAGCAACUUUCCCAUACUUUUUUGCUGUCAGCAAAUAUCUUCAGCCUGGGAAUUUUGAUCUUGUUGGAACCAUCAUUUAUGAGAUGGAUCAGCAUCCAUAUCAGAGUACAUUCUUCAAUGGUACCAUUGAAGUUGCUGAAGCCAGUGGUUUUCUCAGCAUUGAAUCUGUAUUUCUCGUUACCCUUGGAAUUGCACUAAUCGUGUUGCUUGGCUUAUGGAUUCAUGGUCAAAUACAGAAUCUUUCCAAGAAAACCAAGAGGGCUCCUAAGGUUGAAGUUGGAACCAAGGCUUCAGAUGCAUCAUUAGACGAAUGGCUUGAGGGCACUGCAUAUUCUCAGUCAUCGUCAAACAAAUUAAAGAAAAAGAAGUAAAUCACUCAUCUUGUCUGCCUCUCCUUUUCUUCGCUAGACACGUACCACAUAAUACGCACUCUUGUCACUCACUUAGGCAUCUGAAUUGUAUAAGAGGCGCAUCGUGAUACCAGUUUUUGGAAAAUAGGCCAGUGUAGACUUUGGAGAAGAGUUAUUCAAAUUUGAACUGACGCAGAUAUGAUAUGAAUAGCCACGAUAGAGAUUUUUUAAUUUAAUCCAAUUUUUUUACCAUAUUCUUUUGUUUGACGGCAUUAUGGUGUGUGGAAUUCGAAUUUAUGUACAUAUCUACUGAGCUAUCCUCACCUUGACUUUCUUGA